GUUACGAGUAAGGUUGCCCUUCUCGCUUCAGGAUCACACUCUUAUCUUUAUUUCCCUUUUCUAUCCACUCGAUGUCUCUUUCUAGCGUUCACGCGAAAGAUGAAGAUUCUAAGUCGGCCGAAGAGCAAAUCAUUCCUGCUGUCGAGGAUGAAAUGAAAAUCGCCUUACAGAUCGAAGAACGGAGGCUCGUACGUAGACUUGAUGAACGUAUCCUCCUGCUGGCAUGUUUCCUCUAUCUGUUCGCAUAUCUCGACCGUUCAAAUCUUGGAAAUGCGCGUCUACAAGGCCUGCCGGAGGAUAUCCUCAAUGGCGAUCCCACUGGCGUGCUUUUUGACUGGAUAACCUCCGCUUUCUACUUUUCUUACAUUAUCUGCCAAAUUCCUGCGACAAUUGUCUCCAAACUUAUCCCACCGCAUUACUGGCUUGCAGGAGCUGCUGUGGGGUGGGGUUUGUCGUCCACCCUUAUGUCGACAGCGUUUAAUUUCGGCGGCCUGCUUACUGCGAGGGUAUUUUUGGGCAUCUUCGAAGCAGGCUUCGGGCCUGGAAUCCCAUUAUAUUUUUCGCUCUUCUACACCAAAGAGGAAAUGGGUUUACGGAUGGCCUACUGGUUUGGUUUCGCAGCUGUUGCUGGCGCUUUUGGAGGACUAAUAGCCUUCGGUAUAUCAACAUCAAACAUUGCGAUUGCGCAUUGGAGACUGUUGCUUAUAGUCGAGGGCACCCCUACUAUUGUCCUCGGAAUCAUCUGUUUUUUUCUGCUUCCGAAUCGGCCUGAGAAAACGCAUCUAUUCAAUGAUAGAGAAAGAGAGAUCGCUGUCUCCAGGAUGAAUAGAAAUACAAGUGGAGAUGUCGGGAAUGUCGUGAAUAAAGCGCAUAUAUGGAUGGCUUUCCGUGACUGGAGGAUCUAUACUGGUGGUGUCAUCUAUUUCGGUCUAAAUUGCGCUCUGGCGUCGAUUUCAGCCUUCUUGCCGACUAUUAUCCAAACUUUCGGAAACACCAACGCCAUUGCACAACUCUUGACAGUACCUCCAUAUGCUGUUGCUGCCGUUGUAUUGACACUCUUCUCGUACGCGUCUGACCGUCUCCAAACGAGGGGCUGGUUCAUGGCCAUUGCAUCUCUCAUCGGCGCCAUUGGAUACCUUCUACUUCUGACCGUUCCUUCAAACAACCACGUUAGAUACUUUGCCACAUUCUGCAUUACAAGCGGAACAUAUACUACCAUCGGCAUCAUUAUCGCUUGGUUUGCUCACAAUCUUGGUUCUGAAACGAAGAGGGCGACGGGUAUCCCUAUGUUUAUGGCUAUUGGCCAGUGUGGCAGUGUGUUGGGCUCGCAUAUUUUCCCCAAGACUGAGGGUCCCAAGUAUAUCAAGGGAUUUGCUAUUUCGUGCGCGCUUGAAUUCUUAGCUGCCAUUUGCGCGGUCAUACUGCACUUCUCUUACCGCCUCGAAAAUAAACGGAGAAACGCUCUCUAUGGUGUUCCUGGCUAUAAUACGCGGGUCGACACUAGCGAGUUGGCUGACAAGGCACCAAAUUUCAGAUAUGUUACCUAGGAAAGAGCUUCGAAAGCGCAGUUGAUCUUAUUUUCUCAUGUGUAUACUACAUUAUCUCCUGCAACUUAUACCUGAUGAUACUUUCAGUUGUUAAAGAAAGGUCCCAUUUGGGAACUUCAUCCGUUCGUCCGAACGCAACAUGUCCAAAUGGGCAUAACAUGCGCGUCCAUUCGAAGUAGCGCUUACAAUAUGAUUAAACCUAGUAUACCGUCCCUUGGCAGAUCCAUGCCUUUGAGGCCAUUCCACCAAUCCUUAGUACCAUAAUAAACUUGCACCCAAUCUAUGUUGAGAUGAGCGGUAAUUCUCCAGCCGCUCA